AUGGGUGUAGCGGAAAAAAUCAAGGAAGUCGAGGCGGAAAUGGCCCGAACGCAGAAAAACAAGGCCACAGAGUAUCAUAUUGGAUUGCUUCGUGCAAAGCUCGCAAAGCUGCGCAUGCAGUUGCUGGAGCCUGAUAAGAAAGGUGGGAAGUCUGGCGAAGGCUUUGAUGUGAUGAAGUCCGGGAAUGCGCGUGUUGUGUUGAUAGGAUUUCCAUCCGUGGGCAAGUCGACACUCCUUUCUUCUAUUACAGAAACAGAGAGUGAGACGGCGGCAUAUGAAUAUACGACACUGACGGCCAUUCCGGGGGUGUUGGAGUAUGAGGGAGCGCGGAUUCAGCUGCUCGAUUUACCAGGUAUUAUUGAAGGUGCUGCACAGGGUCGCGGUCGAGGACGCCAGGUCGUGAGUGUAGCCAAGACGGCCGAUCUGGUAAUGAUGAUGCUCGAUGCAACCAAAUCAGCACAACAGCGGCCAUUGCUGGAGAAGGAGCUCGAGGACGUCGGGAUUCGUCUGAACCAGAACAAGCCGGACGUGGUACUGAAGAAAAAGUCUGGCGGUGGCAUUGUUGUGACAAAGGCGAUGGGUCUGACACUUACGAAGAUUGACGAAAAGAUGAUCCGCUCUAUUCUCCAAGGCUACAAGAUUCAUAAUUGUGAUGUGAUGAUUCGCGAAGAUAUCACAGUGGACCAGUUCAUUGACGUGCUUUUGGGCAAUCGUAAAUAUGUCCCCUGCUUGUACGUGUACAACAAGAUCGAUGGAAUCAGUAUGGAAGAGAUGGACCGACUUGCCAACGAGCCACGCAGUGUCGUGAUCAGUUGCAAUUUGAAUCUGAAUUUGGACUAUCUGAUUGAGCGUCUGUGGGAGGAACUGAACCUGAACCGCAUAUAUACCAAGAAGCGUGGGCAGCACCCGGAUCUGAAAGACCCGAUUGUUGUCCGUCGCGGUGCCACUAUUGAGCACGUGUGUCAUGGAGUGCAUCGUGCUCUGGUUGACAAGUUUGCCUAUGCAAUGGUAUAUGGCAAAUCCAGCAAGUUCCCAUUGGCACAGAAGGUCGGUCUGAACCAUCUAGUAGCCAAUGACGAUGUUGUUACGAUCUUCACGCGCUGA